UUGCAUAUUUUUCUUAUAUAAAAAAGUACGAAUUGCGUGUUUUCAGUAUUGUUUGGGUGAAAACCUUCAGGAAAACCACAAUCAGAACUAACAAGCAAAGAUGUACAAGUUCUUGUUUACUUUCGUCGUUAUCGUACUUGCUCUGUCGAGAAGUGGAGAAGGUAGAAACAGAAAUUUCCAAGAUCGUAGUUCAACUUCUGAUCUAUUAACGUUAAAUAAAAGAAGUGGUAGAAUUGUUGAUGAAAUUUUAGGUAUUAUAAUUGGUAAUCCUACUACUACUACUACUAAAAAACCUACUGUUAAUCCUACCACUGCAUCUACUACCAUACCGACCGAUGAACCUACCACUCAACCUACUGUUACACCUACCUCUACAACUACCUCUGCACCUACCUCUACAACUGUUGUUACACCUACCGAAAAUCCUACUAUAUCCUACUAUACUACAACUACUAUACCUACCGAUGAAACUUCUACUACAUCUGUUGCAAUACCGACUGAUAAACCUACCACAAUCCCUACUAUUAUACCCACCACUAAACCUGGNAAGCGCUAUUGA